UUUAUUUUUUUUUAAAUUAGGGUUUUGAUUAUGGAUUUUUGUUGAGCUUCAACCUGUUGCCAAUCUGAAGAGGUGAUGUUGCCAUUUGAUUUUUCUGUUCAUUUUGGUUUUAAAUCUCUGUUUUUGAGAAAAUCCGAUGUUGUUAGUGUAAGAUAAUGUGAGUAAUGGUUUUAAACGUCGCAUUUUUUGAAGGAUUUUUGCCCGUGAUAUGGCUGAUUUGGCUUGGAAAGUUGGUGUUUCUAUUCUCUGAUUCUGGGUUCUGAGGAAUAGCUCUUGAUUUUCUUUGUUUCGGUUCAAAUUUGGCUUUUGAUUAUUUUGCAUGGUGCGGAUCUGAACUUAUGGGGAGGCGGGUGCUCCUCCACUCAUCCCUCCUAAUUCAACGCUUGUUUUUGACGUGGAGGUAUUGUCUUGGAACACUGUAAGGGAUCUGUCCGGGGAUGGAGGGAUCUUGAAGAAGAUAAUAAAAAAGGGUGAGGAGUGGGCCACUCCAAAAGCAGCUGAUGAAGUUCUAGGUCUUUUAUGUCCUGCCAUCAGCCAUGUUGUAAAAACAAUGAGGAAGGGUGAGAAAGCUGAGUUAUCAGUGAAAUUCUCAUAUGUUGUAAAAAAUGGAAACAAAACCAUUAGAAGUGGAUUACAGAUUCUGCCCAAUUCGAAUUUAACUGUGGAUAUUGAGCUAGUUUCAUGGAAGAGUGUCAUUGAUGUUAUUGGUGAUGAUAAGGUAGUUAAAAAGAUUAUGAGAGAAGGCGAUGGUUAUGACCAUCCUGGCGAAGGAUCCAAGGUGAAGGUGAAAUACACUGGCAAACUUGAAGAUGGAACAGUUUUUGAGAGGAAAGGAACUGAUGAAGAGCCUCUUGAGUUCAUGUGUUUUGAAGGUAUGAGUGCACCUAGUUCUUGUAGUUUCCGUUCGCAUUUUCUACUACCAUCAUCAUAG